UGUUGCUGCUUCGCUCUUAUCGUCCGCCAAAAUGACCUCGCGGAGGCCACAGUGUGGCUACUGUGGAAUCACAGGCCAGGAAUACCUAAUAUUAUGUGAAGAGGCUGCGUGUGGAAAGUACUUCUGCAACGGCAACCGUGACAAUCUGACGCGCAGCCAUGUGCUAACGCACAUUGCAACCACUCACCAUGCGGCAAUUUCGUUUUACUACGGAUGCGCUACGGGCCCGGCGUCCAACCCUAGCACUGCCGGCGCGCAAACCGGCCGUUUCCGACCGAAAUGUGAUGGGUGCGGCUCACGGGAGAUCUUUGAUCUGGGAUACGAUGGUCGUGAGGAUCUUUGUAUUCCGGAGCUCGUCACCUGCCGUGAGCAUGCCGGUGCGGGGGCGAAGAACCACUGGAAGCCAUACGUGGAGGCUGUCCAGACGAUAAAGACACGAUCGAGACGACCGGAAGAUCUCACUCAUUACCGCCUGACGGCCGAUUUGUUGAAGAAAAAGGAGGACGGCGCCCUCGCUCCGGAAAAGGCUCGCGUGUCGGAUGCUGAGCAGCAGGAGGAACUUUCUCUUCCUGGAAUUCCAUCAAUUUCUUCCGACGAGCGGGAGUCCUCGUUUGAAGAGCUGCCGACUCCGUCCCGUUCCGUUUCACGUGCAGCCGAUGGCAAUCAAGCAGGUGCGGGAGGAACUCCGGUAACUGGUCCCAGCCGCGCGCCCACAAAACAGACGGUUAUUGUCUCUCUGGAGAUGGAAUCCUUAUCAUCCAGUCCCGUGGCGCAGCGCCGGAAAGCAGCCCCACGCGCGGGUACCAGCAGAACGGCAUCCGGUGUGCUGCGGGGCGCCACGGCCAACCAAAAACGUCGCCGAGUGUUAGAUGACUCCGCCCUUACCCUUCUAAACAGUCGUGAAGGCAGCGAGAACUCCAACCGGCGUGCUGCAGUGGUUUCGCCGAUGGAUGAGUUUCAGUUCGGUGGGCGAUUGGUCGGUGUGGUACGCUUGAAGAACGGGGCCACGGACGACGCUGCGCUAGAUGGACAUAGCGAAAAGAUGAAAGCUGAAGACCAUCAGCCGAAGAUUUCCAUCACUGUAACCCGUAACGGCAUCCACAUUUUCGAAGAUCCUGGCGAGAUGGAGGCAUUUACACACCCGGGACCGGAAAUCAGACGCAUCUGGCGCGAUAAGGCCAGCUUACAUUCGUUUGGCUACGUGUGCGGCAACCAGUUUUAUGUUAUCAAAACUGCUAAAUCAUCGGACAGUGUCGUUGGUGCCAUUCACCGUUUGCUGCCGUCUGCCUUUCUCGGGACGCAAAACGUGGUCCAAGCGGGUCAACAUGCAAACGCCGGCAAUCCGGUUGCCAUGGCCAACGAAAAUGUUCAGGACGGGUCGGUGCGCGGCGUAUCUGGUACACCGCCGUCUCGCGUUUCUUCUCAGCCUAACGAGACAUUGGGCAGUGUAGAGGACGAGGAAACGGGAAAUGAGUUGGGGGCAGACGAUGUAUGGCAGGACGAGGACGACGUCGGAAGCGCUGACCAGACACCGUCCUCUCAGCUCAGUUCGGCUGGCAUGAAGAGAGGGCUUACGCGCCGUCGAUAUGAGAUGCGCCCACAUCGCAAAUACAAGCGGGCACGCGCGUCCACUCCGCUAGAAGCUUCCUGGUGGUUUAGCUUCCGCAUGGUUCCUCUCCUGUACGCCUGCAUCUUCAAGCACAUCAUGACGCGGGGCUAUUAG